GACAUUUCGCGGUUAUAAUAAUUUUAUUGUGUGUGCUGUGGUGUGUGCUUUCUGAUUUGUAUUUCGCACAUCAAUUUUCACGAUUUAUUAAAUUUAUUAACUAUUUAUAAUGGCGGAUACCAAUAAGGAAACUUCCGCAACUAAGGCCCCCAUGAUAUACGUCUGUGGAGAAUGCCACAGAGAAAACGAAAUCAAACCAAGAGAUCCAAUCAGAUGUCGAGAAUGUGGUUACCGAAUUAUGUAUAAGAAAAGAACGAAAAGAUUGGUUGUAUUUGAUGCGCGAUGAAGAGGACAAUAAAUAAGUAGAGGUUAAAUAUAAUUUUACAUUUACUUUAAUCUUACCUUUAUAAAAUAUCCAUUCAUUAAAUGUAUAAUAAACAAUAAAUGGGUAAAUAUUUGA